GUGGACACAGGCAAGCUAAAUUAAAGAUCGCCAGUUGUGUUCAUAAUAAUGUACGUGAAUGUAGUUGCUGCUUCAUUUCUGCUCGCAGUCUGCGCCUAUUCUCUCUCCUUGUGGCUGGGUACUCCGGCACUGUGUGCUGGUUGUACUCGCUCUCUCUUCCUUUCUCUCUCUCCCUCUCUCUCCCCCCUCCCUUUCUCGCUCUCUCGCUCUCUCCCUUACACUGCCAGCCCCUGAUGUGAUGGCGAAGAAACCCCGUUGACAAGGCACUGCUUUUUCAUGACGUUGUCAUGGAUGAUGACGAUGAUGAGUCCUGUCUCUUUGAUCUUAUUGGAGAUGCCCAGGCAUUGAAUUAUUUCCUACAUGGAGCAGGCAGUAAAUCUAACAGCGAAGACUUGACGAAUGCAGGAUAUUCUGCAGCCAACUCAAAUUCUAUUUUCGCCAAUACCAGUAGCUCUGAUACGAAGUCAUCAAUCAAAAGUUUGGGUGGUCAGCUUGGAGAGGGGCCAAGUGAUGGACUACAGUUGCCAAGUAGCCUUCAGUUUCUUGAUGAUGAACUUGAAUCUUCCCCAUUACCUGAUCUCGGUGAAGAUCAGCCAUUUGAUAUCCUUCAGAAAUCUCUGCAGGAAGCUAAUAUUACUGAACAGACUUUGGCAGAAGAGGCAUAUCUGGAUGCCAACAUAGGUUCCAACCAACAGUUUGCACAAACUCAGCUUCAUCCUUCCUCAUCAGCAUCUUUUACUCAGGCUUCUAAUGUUUCUAAUUACUCAGGUCAAACGCUGCAACCUAUAGGAGUGACUCAAGUGGUACAGCAACCAGUUGGAGCAUCUUUUGCAAGCAAUACAGUUGGUGUGCAACAUGGCUUUAUGCAACAUGUAGGGAUCAGUGUUCCCAGCCAGCAUUUGUCAAAUAGUAGUCAGAUUGGUGGUUCUGGACAGAUACAGUUGAUUGGUUCAUUUAGUAACCAACCUUCCAUGAUGACACUCAAUAAUCUAGAAGGAUCUCACAUUAUUUUGAAGGGUGGUGGACAGCAAACACCUGCAAACAUGAGUGGUGGACUCUUGGUUCAUAGACAAACUCCUAAUGGUAACUCAUUGUUUGGCAACUCAAACUCAAGCCCAGUAGCACAACCUGUAACUGUUCCAUUCAAUAGUACAAAUUUCCAGACAUCUUUGCCUGUGCAUAACAUUAUUAUACAGAGGGGUCUUGCUCCAAAUUCUAACAAAGUUCCCAUCAACAUCCAACCAAAGCCUAUUCAGAUGGGACAGCAAACCACUUACAAUGUUAAUAGCUUGGGAAUACAGCAGCAUCAUGUACAACAAGGAAUUCCUUUUGCUUCAUCAAAUCCUCCUCAAAAUUCAGUGGUUGGUCCACAUAUGUCUGUUAAUAUUGUUAGUCAACAAAAUACAAGAAAAUCAGUUACUCCUCAAGGAGUAAGUAAUGCCAGUGGUAGUAUUGUUAUCCAUUCUCCUAUGGGACAGUCUCAUGCAUCUCAAAACCAGUUUCUUAUACCCACAAGUCUGUCAGUAAAUCCUAAUUCAGUUCAUCAUAUCCAGACCAUAAAUGGACAACUGCUCCAGAAUCAGCCUUCACAGCUUGUUUCUAGCCAAGUGUCAACUGAGCAUGUAAUGCUAAACAGGAACUCUACAAACAUGCUUAGAGCUAACCAGUCAUAUUCAGGACAGAUGCUGAAUAAUCAGAAUGCUGCUGUACAGUUAGUUUCUGGUCAAACCUUUGCAGCUCCUGGAAGCCAAGUUAUAGUAAACCAUGGAACUUCUCAAAUUGUUAGUGGCCAGGUUCCACUACAACAGGCAUCUCCUGCUGUGUUGCAUUUAUCUCCUAGUCAAGGAAAUAUUUCCCAAAGUAGAACAGGCUUUACUACCAUGUCUCCUGGACAGUCAACGGGAUCAAGUAUGUCAUCAAGUAGCCGGUUUACUGUUGUGAGUUCUUCUGCCACAGCACAUCACAGCAUUGGCCCAUCAGCCCAGUCUGUUGCUUCAGGGGGAAAUUUUGCUGGAGAUCAACUUACACAACAAAAUAGAACACAGUUAGCCGUUGGUACAUCACAUCGUCUUCCAGUUUCCUCUUCCAAGUCUGCUAGCACAUUUAGUCAUGCAUCAGUAACCCAACCUCAGUUUUCUUUUGGCCAGGCUCAAAAAAAGGUUACGAACUUGGCAUCUUCAGUUUCAUCAACAAAGGCACAGGAUAGUCUGAGACAACCACAGUUAACAAGUCUUCUAGGACAAGAUACUGGAGGUAAAAUUAUACAACAGCCUUUAGGAACAGCACUGCCGCACCAGGAAAAAGUAGUAGGAUCAUCUUCUGUCCAACAGAAUAUGCUGGUGGAUGGUCAUACAAUAGGACAAAAGAGGCCUGCUGCUAAACAGCUAACGAAAGGAACAUUUAUUCUGCAGCAGUUACAAAAGGACCAGGCACAUGCUGUGACUCCUGAUAAAAGUCAGUUCAGAUCAUUAAAUGAUGCAGUCCAGAGACUCCUUGCAUAUCAUGUGUGCCAGGGAUCACUGCCAACAGAAGAUGAUUUAAGGAAAGUGGACAAUGAAUUUGAAGCAGUAGCCACACAUCUUCUGAAAAGAACACAAGCUAUGUUAAAUAAAUACAGAUGUCUGCUCUUGGAAGAUGCAAUGAGGAUAAAUCCUUCUGCAGAAAUGGUCAUGAUUGACAGGAUGUUUAACCAGGAAGAACGACAGUGUUUAUCCCGGGAUAAACGUCUUGCAAUAGUAGAUCCUGAUGGUUUUCUGGCAGACUUCUGUUGUUCCUCCACACAAUUCGAUGCGGUCACUGAUGAAGCACACCCUAGUGAAAGUGAUCUUCAAUCUAGCAAACCUUUGACUCCUCUAAACCAUACUGCUAAUACCCCAACCAGAGACAAGUCAAGUUUGAGCACAGCAGAGUCCUUAAAUCGCAACAAAUUUCAUGUAGUGCCUAACAAUAUUGUGAGUCCACAACAAGGAAGCAUUUCUGUCAAAAAAUCAGAAAGCCUCACAAAAGCUUUAAAAUUUCAGAAAACAAGCUGCUCUCCGGAAAGCCAGCACAUGUCUGCUUCUGAACAAAAAUUAGCUGGUAGAGACUCUGACAGGUCUCAUGAAAACUCUUUAGGUUCUGAAGAUCAUUUGAGUUCAAAAACUUUAUCAGGUACAGAUCAUGGUACACAUAAUAAAACAUGUCGAAAUCCAGGUGAUGCUCACUCAGAAGUAACAUGUAACCAUUCCCUCCAAGACAAAGCUCCUCGGAGUUCUCCAAAGAAUGAGGAUUUGCAUCCAGAUGACUUGAAAGGCUUGGGGGAACCCCCAAAGGAUUUGCUGCUCAAUAAGAGUUUAGAGACUACGUUCAAAAACAUGCUGGAACUGAAAAAGACUGGGAGGCAGCCACAGAGUGAGGCAACUGGCAGUGGCUCACUAGAAUUAGAAUUUCCAAACUUUUCACUUAUUGCGUCACAAGAAAACUGCCUGGAGAAAUUUAUUUCAGACCACAGUGAAGGAGUUGUAGAAACUGAUUCUCUUUUAGAAGCUGCUGUAAAUAGUAUCUUAGAGUGUUAAUAGCUGCAGUAUCAUGGACAUAUUUCUCUUAGAAGCCAAUGUGAAAUGACACCACAAGUACAGCCUGACAUAUGUCAAAGGUUACCCUUUCUAAAGUAGAUUCUGUUCUGUGUUUGAGAGCAAUACUCAUUGUGGUUACAGUGAGGUAUCUAGUAAUGUAAAUCCUUGAGAGAAAGCUGUCUCAUAGGGCCUACACAUUGUGAUACUGCUUGUGCUAAUUGUUUUGAAGACUGUUUCGUAAGACUGCAGUUCACUAGGCCCUAAUUAACAAGGUAAUAAACUGACAAUCACAGUCUAGCAACAGGUUUAUUAAAUAAAAUGUUAAGAAUGUUAUAUUUAAUGGGAAGGACCAGCCCAUCCCCCCACAUAAAUAAAUUAAGGCUCACAGUUGGUAAUUAAAAAAAUCUCACAGUACCUCUGUUUAGAAGUGCUCAGUUUUGGAAAAGAAAGAUUUUUUUUCAAAGCUUUAUACUUUUAAGUGCUUUUCUAUUUGUUCAACAAGCAGAAAGGAACACAUUACAGAGAAUGUGUUUAGUCUAUAGAAUAACAAUUUUCUCCCUGAAGCAUGGCAUGAAACAAUACAUGCUAGGCUGAAAACUUGAGAGUAAAAAACUGUAAAACAGGAAGCUAAGAUACAUCCAUGAAAUGCUACAUAAAUACAUAGAAAUGUUAAUUCUUGAAGAAAAGGUUUUGCAUUUUAUAAUUGGGUAUAGUCGACCAGAGUCUUUCUGAAGUGGUAUAAAUGUUUUUCUAGACCAAGUGUCACAAGCACUUUUAUUUGAAAAUUGUGUUAUUAUAGUAGUAGUUUAUACUUUAAGGAAAUAUUAGCCUUAAUCUGAACAAUUGAAAGGCAAAUUUUUUUUGCUUGUUUCUGCUUUUUGCUGCUCAAGAAUGUUAGUCAUCUGUAGCAGCAGUCAUAAUUACCAAAAUAUGUACAAACCAAAGUUAAUCUGCUAUCCCGUUUUUAAAAAUAUAUAUAUAUAUCUAAAGACAUAGAGUUCAUACUCUGAGCCAAAGGAACCCCAUGCAUGGUGUACAUUUGGCUGGCAGACAUUAUUUUAAUUUAUUAUUUUUAAUCAAUGAUAUGCGCCUUUUAUGCUGCCAUGCUGCUUUUUUCUUAAAAAAAAUAAGCCUGCUUCUGUCAUCAGAGUUGCUAGGCACACUGGUUUUGUGCCAUUAGCAAGAGGGACGUGGCAUAUAUGCUUGCUCAGAAAGACAGCUGUGUGGUUUAUAAGGCAUGUUCUCUGUAGCUUUCCCUAAAAAAAAAAGACAGAAACGUUCAAAAACGUUCUUGUUGAUUCCAUGAGAGUGCAGAGGCACAGUAGCCUUGAUCCUGUGUCUUCUGUGUACAUAACGGGAAUUAGAUGUGGUGUGUUUCCUGAUAAUGGCAAAAGUAGGGAACUCAUGUUCAUGUGGAACUUCUUGGAGGUAGGUUUCCAGUGCAGUAGAAGUAACAAACUGUGGUUGUCAGUCAGAUUGCCAGAGUGCCCAGAACAAAGGGCGGAGUUUUGCUUUCCUAGCUCCAGUUGAGUUGUAAUAAAGCAGAGUAAAAUAUGGCUCUUGCACAUCUGUCAACACAGAAGCCCUAAGCACCCCCUUCUGUUGAACCAGCAACACAAAGGAAUUCUAAAAAGCAUAAUGUAACCUGAGUAAAUAGUAAUAUCCUGUAUCAUUCAAUUCACUUUUAAUGUGAAUAGAAGUAUGGGAAUCGUUUCUGUUUAUAUUACGACUUUUUAAAAAAGUGUGCCAAUCUUAAAAAUUACAGUUCCUCAGUAACUGUGAUUUGGAAGAUUUUGCAUAAUGGCUUCAUAUUGCCACUUCAUUUUAUUUUUCCUUUCCCUCAAGAUUGAUAGAACUGUAACCAUAAUGAGAUGUCUAGGAAGUAGGAAGUAUCUUGCACCAGUUGCAUAGAUCAGUUGCUUGGAAGAACAGUGAAUUGGACACACUUUCAUAGAUCCUGCUAAUUUUGAUUAUAUCUGGAAGUAGAAAGUUUCCAUCAUUUGUACAGAAUAUUCUGAACUUAUAUACCAAACCAAAAUUUACUCAUUUUGAAUUUUAUAUUAAAGUUUACUUUUCAGUAAAAUUAUAGCUGAAGCAUUGGAACUGCACUUCCAUCUAUGUGGACUAAAUUACACCUAUAUUUAUCCCAACAUUUUAUGCUGGGAGCCCUCUGAACAAAGUUCAGCUAAAUUAACCUGAGAUAGCUAAUGUAUUUUAUUUAUUGAACUGAACUUCGUUUUAAAGCUCUGAAUAUUUUAAUUGAUAAUGCAGUAAAAUAUUUUUGUUUGUUGUUUAAAACAAGUGUGAAUUUGUUAUGCAGUCCAUGUUUCUGAAUCCAGUGAAGACCAUUUAUUUGUGCUUAAUUGCUUUGUAGGAUUGGUCUAUUGACUUCCUGGAUAUCUAUCUCUCCAUACUGUCUAAGGUUUAAACAAAUUUUCAGCUGGCAACUGCGAAAAAUAUCUGAUUUGACAAAGUCGGCGUAAUUUAUCUGUUAGAUUUGGGAGGCCUUACAGACUGACUUUAAUGAAAGAGGAUGUGUCCCUUAUUGUCAGUGUGGUAUGGACUUUAUUUGCUUAAAUACUUUCAUUUGUAUAGUAUGUCUCACUUGAAAUUGCUUUGUAUACAUUUUGUAAAAAUAUUUAUAAAAUGUUUUGUAAAAAAAGUAUAACAAA